AUGGGUGUGAAGGAGGUUCUGGAGGUGGGAGUUCUGGAAGUAGCACUGGUUACUAAGGAGGAAGAAGAUACAGUGGUGGAGGACCUAGAUAAGGCAACCAGGAAGCGGUCAAGGCGUCACACUGAAACACUCGGGAAGUUUGAAACAACAGGGCGAGCAGCCGCGCCGAGGAAAGCUGACGCCCUCGCGGGACCCGCGGCGCCGCCGCCCGCCCGACACGCCGCCCCCGAGCCGGCGCCGCGCGGACAGCGGCCGCGAGCCCGCUUCACUUUCUCCACUCCACGCGACCCGGGGUUAACGUCAGAGCUGCCUGCGCGUCUCCUCGCACGGCCGCCGGGCUUUCGGGCACCGCCGGACGCGGGCGCGACUUCGGAGCUGGGCGCCAGGGAGGCGGCAUCUCCGCCCGCGGCGGACGCCCAUUCAUUCUCCCGGCGGCCGCGGCCCGCACGCGAGGGCCCCGCCGCCCCGGCCCCCGGCCCCGCCCACCAGGAGGCAGCGGCCAGCCCUCCUGCGGAACUCGGAGGCCGAGGGCCACCGCCGGCCAAGGACACAGAGGUGACACGCUCCUCGCCCCGCGCCGCCGGGGCCCGCCCGCACUCCGGCCCGGGCGCGCAGCCUCGUCGGGGCCGCGGCCCUGCGGGGGCCCAGGGCGCCAGGCACCAGCCCGACCCCCGGAGGCCGCUUCCUCCCGCGCGCCCCCACCCGCCAAGCACGGCCCGCGGCGGCCCGGCCGUACCGCCGCUCCGGGCACGGGGCUCGCCGGGCGCCGAUCGGCGCAGGGAGCCAGCCAGGGCCGCCCGCCCGCGCCGGCCCUCCCCCCGCACUUCCCACCGGCCCUCCCGCAUCCCAGCCCCCAAGGCCAAGGUCUCCCCGGCCCACAAACCUGAUAGCGGAAGUGACGUCAGGGGGACCUGGCGGCGCCCGCAGCCAGUCACGCCACAGCGGGAGGCGGCGCCGGCCAACGGGCGCGGGCCGGGGGCGCUGGGCGGGAAGCGGAGGGGGUUGGGGCCAGCCGGCCACGCGGCGCCCAUCCCCCGCCCGCCCGCCCAGCCGGCCGCGCCGCCGCCCGCCCCGACCAGGCCGCCGCCGGCCAGCCUGCAGCACUGCCCUUCUCCCGCCGCCGCGCGGCCGGGGCUCCAACGGAAGGAAGAUGGCGACGGGGCCGCGCUAGCCGUCCCGCCUCCGUACCCACCUCAGGCUCGCGGAGAAGGCUGCCGCCCGCCGUCGUCUUCCGCGGGGACAGCCGGGUCCUCGCGCCCGCCGCCGCCGUCCGCCGCCGCCCGAGAGCCGCGCGCGAGGACCCAGAUGGAGGCGCGGGCGGGCGGGCCGCGGCGGCCUGAGGGAAAGCGGCGCGGGCGCCGGGAGGCCGAGGCGGGGGCGGGCGCGAGGCAGAGCCAGGCGAUCCGGGACCCCACUGGAGGGCGGCGGCUGGGCCCGCCCCGCGCGGGGCGCCAACGUGGGAGGGGCUCGCGGGGCCGCCUCCCUGCCUGCUCCCCGCUUCCUAUUGGACGGCUGCGAGAGUGGCGGGGCAGCGUCCCGCCUCCCGCGCGUGAUGGACGGGCGUCGUCAUGUGGCCGCCGAGGGGGCGCUGGGCGGCGGGUGCUGCGCUCCGGCUUGGGGGCGUGUCCUCGGUGCGCCCACAAAGGCCGGCCCGCUGUGCCUCAGUUUCCCCUCCUGCGGAUGACGCCGCCGUGGCGGCCGGCCGCCCGAGGCUUUGGAGGCUUUCGUCUUCAGCCGCCUUUCGAAGCAGUCCUCAAUCCUCCUGGUUUCGAGUCGCCUGAAGCGUGGCUCCCCGCGCCCGCUAGGACGGCCCUGCGCCCGGGGAGCGCGCGGUCGGGGCCUCGGGGCCGUCCUCUGGGCGCGGACGCGCGGGGGCGGCGCCCGGGAGCCGUUCUGUGGGCCGCGGGGACGAGGAGCCGGGGACCCGGAGCUCCGGGGGAAGACGGGGCGCGGGGGCCCGGGGCCGGGGCGGCCGGGUCGCCGCGGGGUGUCCGAGCUCAGGGGCGCCGGGCCGCCGCGAUGGAGGGGACUUGCCCCUGGGGCCCCUGCGGCGCCGCGACCCUCCGGACGGCGCGCGUCCCGGUCCCGCCCGAGAGCCGGUGGGCCUGCCCGGCGGCUGGGAGACGCCGCCCCGCCCGGGCCCCGUUCUGCCCCGAAGGCCGCGAGGGGAAGGACUGA